GUAUUUUUAGGCCUGUCAUCCCCAAGUGGGGUACAACACAGGCCCCAGACAGCAUAUAAAGGCUGCCGAAGGGCACAGCGGGUGAAUACUUCAGAGUGACAUUGGAGGAAAACACUGCAGGCUCCCAUGGACAGGCUGGUAGGAUGUGCUGUCUCCACAAGCGUCAACCCAUGUAGACAAGAUGACAUCAUCAACAACAACAACACAGAGAUGACAGAGGACUCGCAUACGCAGAACAACCAAGGUAGCCAUGACCUAGAAGCCCACGACACCAGUGUGCUACCAGUGUUAUCUGGGGUUUUGCCUGAGGAGGGUUCCCAGGCAUCGCUGAAGACUGAGCGGGGCAUGGAAGUGGUCCACCGGCAGUGGAAACUGGAAGUGCUGGGGAACAAAAAUGCCAAGACAAACUCUUCAUCUACAGAUGGUGUACAGUCUAAGCGGACAGUGUUUGAAAAGUGGGCCUCCAAGGGACAGGACGCCCAAAGGCCCUUAGCCAAGCGGCAGCUGUCAGUGGAGAGCGCCACACGGUCCUCCAGGGUGCUGAAGAAGACUGCAGUCAGGCAGCAGGAAGCUGAACCCGCUCAGGCCAGUGUGAAGCUCCAGACACCCAGUACUCCUAGCACUCCCAGGACAUGUAACUCCAGCAGAAAGACUCGCAAAGACCUUUUCUUCAGCACAGAAGUCUUCCAGCAAAUGGACGCUCAGGCGAUUAAUGAAGGAAAAGAACUGAGGGAACAGAAGGUCUUCUCAGUGCAGGCCAUCACCAAGGCCAUCACGCAAGGAGCGAAGAGUGAUCUGGAGAAACUGCGUGCCAUCUGGGUGUGGCUGUGCCACAACAUCGAGUAUGACUUGGAUGGCUAUCUGGGCCUGUCAGAGAAGCUGUGUUCCCCAGAGAAGGUCAUUGAGGCCGGUCGGGGUGUCUGCUGUGGGUAUUCCAGCAUCUGCCAAGAGAUGUGCAGGGAGGUGGGCAUCGAGUGCCUGGAGGUACCAGGCCAUGGAAAAGGAAUUGAUUACCAGCAAAGCCAAAGCUACCAGAACAUUGGAUCCAACCACAUGUGGAACACUGUCCAACUUGGGGGACACUGGUACCUGCUGGAUGCUUGUUGGGGAGCUGGAAAGGUGGAUAUUAAGAAGAAGGCCUUCAUCAAAAGGUAUGAUGACUUCUACUUCCUAGCAGAUCCUGAGGACUUCAUUGAUUCCCACUACCCGGUUGAGCAGAAAUGGCAGCUGUUGGACACUCCCAUCACCCUCGAGGAGUUUGAGAAGCGGGUCUUCAAGACAUCACAGUUCUACAGGCUGGGUCUUAAGCUCAUAAAGCCCAGGCACUCCCUCCUGGUUACAGAGGGGGGUGAGGCCACCGUGUCCAUGGGAUUCUCCCUUCCAUUGGACUUCACUUACCAGAUUAGCCAGCAGGGUGGCGGAGAGCCCAGUGAUGUCAGCAGCUCAUUUGGCCUACUAACGGUGACCCAGUUGAGCAUGCAGUUGCGGCUGCUGCCCCCCACCAAAGGUACUUAUGACAUCAUGGUGUUCGCACGUCCUUCUGGCUCCUCCAGCUCCUUCAGCUGGGUCUGCUCCUUCUUGCUGGAGUGCCCUGAGCCUAAGGCCAUGGAGGAGCUCCCUGAGAACCCUUUCCAGUCCUGGGGACUGCAGCCCAGCGCCAGUUGCCUGGGAUUAGGACACUGCAACCUUGGUGCCGAGCCAGCGAUGGUGGAAAGCGGUGCACUUGAGCUGCAGCUCCACACCCUCCGGCCACUCAUGAUGAUCUGCGAGCUGAUCCAUAAAGACCUGGACCAGAUGCUGGCCAAGCGUUGCUUAGCAACACAGAUCCAGCCCAACCUCCUCACCUGCCACAUCGUCUGCCCCUACCGUGGCUUCUACCGGCUCUCUGUAUUUGUUCGGGACUACGAGCGGGUCGAAGAUAGUUUUCAGAACGCAGGGAACUUCUUGCUGUGUUGCACGAGGAAUCCCAUCAACCUCAACCAACUAUUCCCGCUGACCCUCAGCUCCUCCUGCGGACCCGGCAUCAGGACAAUCGAUGCCGGCUUGUCCAAGUUCAGCCACAUGGGGGCCAUCAUCAGCACUCAGCAGGGCAAGUGCAACAUCACCUUCCACAGCCCACCAGAGCUGGAUCUGCACGCCGUGCUCACCAGAGAGCUGCACAAGCAGCCAGCGCAGCCAUUGCUCCGGCAUGUAUUCUUCACCUACACGGACUCCAAGGUCACACUGUGUGUCACACUGCCCAAGGCCGGCAUCUACAGACUGGGGCUCUAUGGCAAGAACACACCCGGCCCAGACUUCAGGCUGCUGUGUGAUUUCGUGCUGCGCAACUCCUCGGACGUCAGCUGGCCUCAGUUUCCCUGCACCUACUCGGCGUGGAAAAAGGGCUGCGUGCUUUUCGAGCCCCGUGGCGGCCUGCUGGAGCCGCAGUCCCAAGUGCAUUUCCGAGUACGUGUCCCCGGGGCACAGAGGGUGGUCGUGGUCGGGGAGACCCAGACCGACCUGCGUCUCAAUAAGAGCAGGGUGUGGGAAGGUGAGGCCUUCACUGGCAGUCCUGGGUCCCAGCUGAAACUGGCUUCCAGUUCGGGUGGAGAGGCCACUGAAAUGGCUGUCAUGAUGGUCUUUGAUGUCCUGAGCCAGAGUAAUGAGGAGUGAAAUGUCCUGUAUACAGAACUUCAAAGCACUCAAUAGAACACAGAGAGAAAUGUUUUCUGUUAGAAGCAGAGAAGGGGGCAUGGCUGUAAGACUAAAAAGAUGAGGUCACAUUUUUCAGCUGAAAACAAUUUAAAAACAUUUUUUUCCUUUCUCAGAAAUUAUAUUUUAACAGUUACAAAAAUAUUUAAUAAUACUAAUUAAACGGACAGACAAGCUAUAACACAAGUGUUAACCUGAGUCUUCACCCUACAGACACAAACUCAGCUAAGCUUUCUCACCCCAGCAGCUACAAACGAAUAAUUUAACUGAGCAGCGGAUGUGAACUACGGCAGCUAUAAGAACCCCAGGGUUAAAAUAACUGCCAGUUACAGCCACAGGUGUGAACAUUAGAAACUAAUAUUAAAUAAUAAUUGUAUUUUAUGUGUCAGUACAGGCAAUGGUUAUACAAGAUGAUGUGAUAAUCAUUACAAUAUAGCCAAAAACUGGAGACUGGUGUGUUAAUAUUACUAAAGAUGUCUGGGGAGCAUUCCAGCCUUGUGCCCUAUGGAGCCUGGGAUAAGCCACAACCUCCAGUGACCCUGGCGAAAAUGAGCCAUUAGGAGAUGGAUGCAUGCAUGAUGUGUGCACACAAAUAUACAUUCUGAAUGGAGUCACGCAUCUGGAUAAUAUGCCAGAUUUGACUAAUUGUGUCUGUAAAGAAAAAUGAUCAUACCUCCCAGGGAUAUUGAUGUACUUACUGUAAGUAUGAUAUUAUUAAUGUUGCUACCAACAAUGCUAUAAUAAAAAAGUUCUUAUUAUUCAA